AUGUUAAGAGCUUGUGUACUUGAAAGUGGAGGGAAUUGGAAGGAGCUUUUACCAUUGAUUGAAUUCGCAUAUAACAAUAGUUAUCAUGCAAGUAUUGGGAUGGCUCCUUAUGAAGCCUUGUAUGGACGGAAAUGUAGAACACCUUUAUGUUGGACAGAAGUUGGUAAAGAAAGGAUCUUAGGGUUGGAGAUUAUUCAAGAGACUACCGAAAGGAUAAGGAUGGUGACUCUGAGGUUGAGAUUGAAAGGACCGUUUAAGUCACGGAAGCUAAGUCCAAGAUGUAUACGGCCAUACCAUAUUAUAGAGAGGAUUGGAGAAGUAGCCUACAAAUUAGCUUUACCACAUUCUCUAUCAGAAAUGCAUGACAUUUUUCAUGUAUCCCAACUUCGAAAGUUCAUUCCAGAUUCUCUUCAGCCUAUCCUUCCAGAUUCAAUAGAAGUAGAAGUAGAUCUGACUUCCGGACCUCUACCAAGUCGCAUUGCAGGACGAGAGGUUAAGGUAUUAAAGAAUAAGGAGAUUCCUCUUAUUAAGGUUCAGUGGGAUGAAUCAGAUCCGGGCGAUGCUACCUGUGAACUGGAGUCAGAAAUGCGAGAAGCUUACCCUCAUCUCUUCCAGUUGUCAAUUGGGAUAAAUAGAGUAAAUAAUGAGUUCAGGUUAACUUAA